CGCCCUCGCCGCGCCCCCCAUCACCCCGCCCGCCGUCGCCUGCUCCGCCCUCGCCGCGGCCUCCGGCACCGGAGCCUGAGUGCAAGGACGAUACCACCUGGGCGCAGCCUGGUAGGUCGGUAGCCUUUUGGAAGAAGGUGUAUACGUUUACAAUCAAGCAUCUACCCCACAACACAAACUGCAACUCAUGCUUUCAUGGCUGCGGUCUUCCUCUACCCUUCCGACGUGCCGCUGACCACGUGGAGUCCCACCGUGGUCACGCAGGGCACCACCGCGACCCUGUACGACAACGGCGUGCCGUCGAGCUCCCUGUACCUCACCUGGUACCCCAUCACGCUGGCGUCAAAUUCAAACAAGUGGGGCGGCUACUACACGCUGCCUGCGCCGCCGCCCGGCUCCACCUACAGCACCCUGACGCCACCGCCUCCCAGCCUGGCGGCCGCCGCCAGCGGUCUCUUCAUGUGCGCCGGCUGCGCCAUGAACGAUGCAAGCAAGGGCUACUUCUUCGGCGGCGUGACGCUCAGCGUCACCAACACCGGCGGCGUGCUGACCGCCAGCUGCGCUGUGGCGCUGCCGCCUGCGGGCAGCCCCACCUCCCAGGGCACUGUGCUGAGCUCCAGCGUGCAGGAGGUGCAUCUGUACGCCUCCUUUGACAUCAUCGACACAGGCGCUCCCGGCCAGUGGCCCAAGCCGGAUAGCGUGUCUCCUCCGGUGGGCUCGGUGGGCUCAGGUGGCUCCUUCACGGCCUCGGAGACGGUGGGCGGCAGCGGCGCAGCAGGAGACGUGGUGUACCUGGCCUGCCACCUGUCGACCACCACCUGCUUCGCGCCGUCGUCGUACGGCUACUGAGCAGAUCCUUACACCAGCAUCCAGAGACGAGCUCUGGACGCCGCCCCUCUUCCUUCAACCUUGUCUAAUGCAUUGAGGACCGUGAUGAACGAACAACAAAAGCAAGCCCACCAUGCUUUCAACUUGUUUCACUUCACGUGGGUCGCCGCACGCACACGUGCUGCUGCCUAGUGAUGCCAUGCCGCCCCGAACUUCCCGCCGCUUAUUUGUGUGCGCGUUUGGUGAGCACGCUAGCUGCCAUGUUUCUUUGCUUGCAUAGUUUCACAAUUUGGAGACAUCCACAAACAGCACCGACAGAUCGUCUACCAGUGGAGAAGCACUGCUGCACAACAGGAUGCGUGGGCCCCAGUACUCGGCAUGCCGUUACAUACGUAUCCCCUUGGUUAUCCCUUUCUUUUACAGCAUUUGUAGCCCUACCGACGGCUGUGAGCCAGGCCGACCCGCAACUGUAGUCCAUGAUUAAUGCUAGUAGUGUGCAAAGGAAAAGGCCCGAAGAGUGACCCGGCUAUAUGAUAAUCAAGGUUCGCAUGUAUGUUGAGUAUGUGUGCAUGCGCGAGAGUAGGGACGGCGCUAUGUAUGAUGCACGAGGCGCAAGCAGAUGGCGUUAAGCCCCCCCAUUGCUGCCAGUCCUGAGGUUCAAGGCACUUGGCGCCGCACCCCGUAUGACUUCAUAUGGUCCAGCAGAACCCCCACGCGACAUAUUCAUUGUGUGUGCCAGGUGUUAUGCUAUGCCCAUGUGCCAAUGCAUGAGUGUCCCGACGCAAGGUGGUAGCGUUAUAUCUGCACAUGCGCUGGCCUGCUGCUGCGUGUGUGCGCGUGUGUAUAUGUGUGAGUGCUGUGAAGUGCAUUUUACCUGGUGAGCAAGGCAGUAGUCCCGAACGGGGCUACAGCAGGACACGGGUGCGUGGGGUUGAAAAGCGCACCGCGCCAGGCCCUGUACGUGUGCAGGUUUCUGUGCUAGGCGCCAGUGCCUAUACACCGUUUCUUUAUUUCUUCUUUUGCUUAGCAUGUCAGGCACACUAGUAACACUGACUAUUCUUUUGUUGUGAAUGGGUUCGCCAACAGCAGCCCCAGAGCGCAAUGCAUGUGAUGGUCCGUCUGGUGUAAUGUGCGCUCCUU